AUGACCCCUGAGGCUGGUGCCAGGGCCUCAGUGGAGUGCACCUGCUCCUUGGAGAACCUGGAUGGCAACCCUGCCCAGAUUGCCCUGGGUGUAUUCCAACGAAGUCUCAGUGCAAUUGUAAAUCCCACCAUCAUCAGCAGGGCUGGGAUGAACAAGGCCCCCAAGCUCUGCAAACACAGCCUGGGCUUCUCAGAGGCUCCCGCCAAGCCUGAGGAGGCAGAGGCUGAGCCCUUCACAGACUCCUCUCUGUUUGCACACUGGGGCCAGGAGCUCAGCCCUGAAGGCCGGCGCGUGGCCCUGAAGCAGUUCCAGUACUACGGCUACAACGCCUACCUCAGUGACCGCCUGCCUCUCAACCGGCCCCUGCCUGACCUCAGACCCAGUGGGUGCCGCAACCUGUCUUUCCCUGACAGCCUGCCAGAGGUGAGCAUCGUGUUCAUCUUUGUCAACGAAGCGCUGUCGGUGCUGCUGCGCUCCAUCCACUCGGCCAUUGAGCGCACACCCCCACACCUGCUCAAGGAGAUCAUCCUGGUGGACGACAACAGCAGCAAUGAGGAGCUGAAGGAGAAGCUGACCGAGUAUGUGGACAAGGUGAACGGCCAGAAGCCGGGCUUCAUCAAAGUUGUGCGCCACAGCAAGCAGGAAGGCCUCAUCCGCUCCCGGGUCAGCGGCUGGCGGGUGGCCACCGCCCCCGUGGUGGCACUCUUCGAUGCCCACGUGGAGUUCAAUGUGGGCUGGGCUGAACCCGUCCUCACCCGCAUAAAGGAGAACCGGAAACGGAUCAUCUCACCGUCCUUUGACAACAUCAAAUAUGACAACUUUGAGAUAGAAGAGUACCCGCUGGCCGCCCAGGGCUUUGACUGGGAGCUGUGGUGCCGCUACCUAAAUCCCCCCAAGGCCUGGUGGAAGCUGGAGAACUCCACAGCCCCAAUCAGGAGCCCCGCCCUCAUUGGCUGCUUCAUUGUGGACCGGCAGUACUUCCAGGAGAUCGGCCUGCUGGACGAGGGCAUGGAGGUCUACGGAGGCGAGAACGUCGAGCUCGGGAUCAGGGUAAGCAGGGUUUCUCCCCAGUGGGGCUUGGCUCAGCUCCCACAAG